ACAUUUCCACUCUUUGUAUUUGGUUUCUAAGUUGGAGGCAACAGUGGUUUUCAUUAUGACAUCUAAUCCAACUCAUCCCUCUUAUUUUGCCACUUUAAUUUGCUAGCUUUAUACAUAAUCUAUUGACUUAAUUCAAGCUAAUCUUUUGGUGGGUAGCUUUCACUAGCCAUGAUUAUAGCCCCCCAAAAGCAUUGCAACCCUUCAGGAUUCCUGCAAUUUUCUCAAAAACAAAAACCAAUAUCUAAAAGGAGGUCACUGCCCCUCCUUACUUUUCACCGAAAAGUGCAAGCACACCUGCAUUUUUUCUUGACUUUAGAUUAAGCACAUUAUAAACACUCAUUUAGGUAUAUGUUUUGAAGUCAUCAUCAUCACCCCUUGAUCCAACAUGGGGUUCUAGUGAUUUUCACCUCAGUGCAGUUUUCAUUCCAGAGAGAGCAGGUGGGAGAGGAGGGGUCCUAAAAUUUAAAAAAAAAAAUUCCCAGUUUUGGUUUGCAACUGAAAUGAGAGAGGCUGUUAGUAAAGUUAUAUUCUUGAACGACUGACACUUGUUGGUGGGAGGUGCAGAAGUACUGUCAGUGAGAAUUUUAAGGCCAAGUUUCAAGGUUUGUUUUUGAAGAGAUGGGUGUCGUUACUGUUGGUGAUUUGAAGCCAAGCAUAUCAGGGAAGAGGUCGUUUCGUCCAAGUUCCAGCAUAAGGCAUGCCACUGAAUGGCCAAUAUCUGAUGUUUCUAGUGAUCUUACUGUUGAAGUCGGAGCCUCAAGCUUUGCACUUCAUAAGUUCCCUCUAGUUUCCAGAAGUGGAAAAAUCCGGAGGCUGUUGUUGGAAACAAAAGAUACAAAAAUUUCACGCAUAAAUCUCCCUACUGUUCCUGGUGGACCAGAGGCAUUUGAGCUAGCAGCAAAGUUCUGUUAUGGAGUAAAUGUUGAGAUCACACUCUCAAAUGUUGCUAUGCUACGUUGCACAGCUCAUUUCCUGGAAAUGACAGAGGAGUUGUCGGAGAAAAACAUGGAAAUUCGAACUGAAGCAUAUCUAAAGGAGCUGGUGCUCCCAAAUAUAUCAAACUCAGUAUCUGUUCUACACCGUUGUGAAAGCCUAUUGCCAAUAUCUGAAGAUAUCAACCUGGUUAGCAGGCUUAUCAAUGCAAUUUCCAAUAAUGCAUGCAAAGAGCAGCUCACCUCUGGCUUAUUAAAACUUGACCAUAAUUUCCCUGCAAAAACUAUUCCCAACAUGGAACCAGAUACACCAGCAGACUGGUGGGGGGAAUCACUCACAGUUCUUAAUCUUGAUUUCUUCCGACGGGUUGUGUCUUCUGUAAAAUCUAAGGGUCUAAAACAGGAUCUGAUUAGCAAAAUUCUGAUAAACUAUGCCCAGAAUUCUCUUCAAGGACUUGGAGGCAAGGACUCCCACCUGCUCAGAGGAAGUCUCAUGGAUUCGGAACUGCAGAAGAAGCAAAGAGUCAUUGUUGAAGCACUAGUUAGCUUACUACCAACCCAAUCAAGGAAAAGUUCAGUUCCAAUGGCAUUUCUUUCAAGUUUGUUGAAAACAGCAAUAGCUGCAUCAGCAUCUACUUCUUGCAGAUCGGAUUUGGAGAGGCGGAUUGGUCUGCAACUGGACCAGGCAAUUCUCGAAGACGUCCUACUUCCGGCAAAUUCACAUGGAAACAUCCACAGCACACUUUAUGAUACAGAUUCACUCUUGAGGAUUUUCUCCAUUUUUCUUAACUUGGAUGAGGAUGACGAGGAAGAUAAUCACUUGAGGGAUGAGAGUGAAAUGGCAUAUGACUUUGACAGCCCUGGAUCUCCAAAACAAAGCUCAAUUCUCAAGGUAUCAAAGUUAUUGGACAGUUAUCUUGCAGAAGUUGCAAUUGACUCAAACCUGACGACAUCAAAGUUCAUAGCACUAGCAGAACUGCUUCCAGACCAUGCUCGUAUAGUAAGCGAUGGAUUGUACAGAGCUGUGGACAUAUUUCUCAAAGUUCAUAUAAAUAUUAAGGAUUCUGAGCGCUACCGACUUUGUAAGACAAUUGACUGUCAGAAACUAUCCCAAGAAGCUUGCAGUCAUGCAGCACAAAAUGAAAGGUUGCCUGUGCAGAUGGCCGUCCAAGUCCUAUACUUUGAACAAAUCAGGCUUCGGAAUGCCAUGAAUGGUGGUGGCCAAAACCAAUUCUUCUUUGGCGCAAACAAUGGCCAAUUCCCUCAACGUUCAAGCAGUGGUGCAGGAAGUGGAGCCAUCUCACCAAGGGAUAACUAUGCAUCAGUGAGAAGAGAGAACCGAGAGCUGAAGCUUGAAGUAGCAAGAAUGAGAAUGAGGCUUACCGACUUAGAGAAGGAUCAUGUGUCUAUGAAGCAGGAGCUUGUCAAGACCCAUCCUGCCAAUAGGCUAUUCAAGUCAUUAACCAAAAAACUAAGCAAGCUCAAUUCCUUGUUUCGGAUUAAUGGCAUCAAGCCCAUAGGAGUGACCUCUCCAUGGGGCUUUGGAGGCAGGAAUUCAAAUCAUCAAAAUUGUAUGCAAGAGGGUACCCGAGACGAGGGGGCUAGAUGGGGCUGUGAUGCUAAUAUGAAUGCAGGGAUCUGCAGGUGUUUCUUCAAGACAGAUCAAACUAUAGCCUGUCCUGAGUCCUACCUACCAAAGACAUGAUGAAGGGGUUUAAUGGACACCACUCACUCACUCACAUUCUCUUAGCUUCUUUGUUUAUGAAAACUCCAAAGCAUUGGGCUCUCAAAAUAUUAAUAAUCUUGUCCAAAGAA